UGUCGUCUGCAUACCAUAUGCAUGCCCGUUCAAGAUAAACGACAGCAUAAAAGUAACGAUAUGUCCGUUUUCCGUUUUUUCUUUUAUUGCUCGUAAUUCGCAAUAACAGAAGGGGCCAGAAAACCGCCGUUCGGAAGCAACGCGGCAAAUCGGAUGAUCUCUGUGCACUUAUGCAGCAACAGCAUAUUCUAUGGAGUCCAAUAGAAAGAAAAUGCCUCUGUCUUCUACAAAGAACAAAGACAAGAGAAACCCUCUUGCAAAUCCACUCUCUCAUGCUUCGAAGCGCCGUUGAAUCUAACGUCAACAUUCUCGCCAAAUUCAUAACCAUCUCGGGUUGUCUUGCUCUUAUACCUUCCGUAUAUGAAUCACUCGCUAUCAUCCAACAUGCUCGCCAGGUGUUCGAUAAUAGGCCUCAUAAAGAUGAUACAUUUCUUUGUAAUUCCAUGAUUAAAGCCCAUGUAGGCAUGCGCCAAUUUUAUGAGUCUUUCACUCUUUAUCAGGAUCUUAGGAAGGGAACGGGUUUCCUUCCCGAUAAUUUCACUUUUACUGCUUUAGCAAAAUCUUGUGGGUUAAAUAUGGCCGUUUGGGAAGGUUUUGAGAUACAUAAUCAUGUUCUGAAGAUGGGAUUUGGUUUAGAUUUAUAUGUUUCAACAGCAUUGGUCGAUAUGUAUGCAAAAUUUGGAGAGUUGUGUAUGGCAAGAAAAAUGUUUGACGAAAUGGCUGAAAGAGGUGUAGUUUCUUGGACAGCUCUCAUCGGUGGAUGUAUGAGGUCCGGGGAUAUGGGUAAUGCGAGGAUACUUUUUGAUCAGAUGCCUGAGAAAGAUUCCGCUGCAUAUAAUGCAAUGCUAGAUGGUUACGUUAAAGCAGGAGAUAUGGAGUCAGCUCAAAGUUUGUUUGAUAAGAUGCCAGCCCGGAAUGUGAUCUCUUGGACCAGUAUGAUUUAUGGGUAUUGCAGUGGCGGUGAUGUUUUAACUGCUAGGUCUUUGUUUGAUGCUAUGCCAGAGAGGAACCUGUUUUCUUGGAAUGCAAUGAUUGGUGGAUAUUCCCAAAAUAAUAAAUCCCAUGAAGCAUUGAAAUUGUUUCAUGAAAUGCAGUCAAGAACGUUGUUUGAACCAGAUAAAGUAACAGUUGUAAGCGUCCUUCCAGCUAUAGCUGAUUUGGGUGCUCUCGAUUUGGGAAGUUGGAUUCAUCAGUUUGCUCGUCUGAAGAAAAUUGAUAGGUCUAUCAAUGUUUGUACUGCACUAGUUGAUAUGUAUGCAAAAUGCGGAGAAAUGCUGAAAGCAAGAAGAGUUUUUGACAGCAUGCCUAAGAAGGAAGAAGCAUCUUGGAAUGCUUUGAUAAAUGGAUUUGCAGUUAAUGGGUGUGCUGAUGAAGCAUUGACAGCAUUUUCGGAGAUGAAACGUGAAGGAGUUAAACCAAAUGAUGUAACCAUGAUAAGCGUUUUGUCUGCUUGUAACCAUGGUGGUCUGGUAGAGGAAGGGAAGAGGUGGUUUAAAGCAAUGUAUGAGUUUGGUUUGACCCCAAAGAUUGAACACUAUGGAUGUCUGGUUGAUUUAUUAGGGAGGGCGGGACACUUGGAGGAAGCUGAUAAACUAAUUGAAAGUAUGCCUUACGAGGCUAAUGGAAAAAUUCUGAGUUCUUUUCUUUUUGCGUGUGCAUGCUCUAAAGAUGUUACAAGGGCUGAGAAAGUACUAAAUCAGGCACUUAAUAUGGAGCCACUGAAUGAUGGGAAUUAUGUGAUGUUAAGGAAUUUGUAUGCCAUGGAGAAACGAUGGGGAGACGUGGAGGAAAUAAAGCGAUUGAUGAGGAGAAAUGGAGCGAAGAAAGAAGCAGGUAGAAGUGCUAUUGAGAUUGACGGUAGAGUUUCAGAGUUCAUAGCUGGAGGUAGAGAACACUCAGAAUGGGAUUCAAUCGAUUCAAUGUUGGGGCAGUUGCAGAUACAUAUGAGGGACAAAAGGGCUGCUCAAAGUUGCUGAUUUAAUGUUGGGAAUGUUAAUAAUAUUUUCUGUAUAAACGAUUAUUAGAUUAUACAUAUUAUUUCAGGUA